AUGAGUUCGGCGAAUGCCUCUGGCGAUUUGUCAUCAGAGAUGAAGGUGGAUGCUUUUAGGUGCCUCUUUCCUCUACGCUUUCAUGAGCGUCAUCUACUUCAAUCCACUCAUCCUGAUGCUAGGAAACUUAGGAAAGCUAGAGAUACAACACUUGCUCUUGGAGUUGUUGCUUUUGCUGAUGGGUCAGCUUUAGCCAAGAUAGGUUGCACUACCAUGUUGGCUGCCAUUAAAAUGGAAGUCAUGACACCUACCACAGAGUCACCAGAUGAGGGCUGCAUAGCUAUUGAUUUCGACAUGCAUCCAAUUUGUUCUCCACUUGUUAGGCCUGGCAAGCCAGCUAAUACAUCACCAGUUAUCUCGAAGCAGUUAUCUGACACUAUCUUAAGUUCUGGCAUGAUUUACUUUAAGGAGCUAUCCUUGGUCAGUGGGAAAUCUGCUUGGAUGGCCUAUUUGGACGUAUACUGUUUGGAUGUUGAUGGUGCUCUUUUUGAUACUGCAUUACUUGCACCAGUUGCUGCAUUCUCUCAUUUGCAGAUCCUAGUAGUUUCUCUGAAUGAUGAUGGAAGAGUAAUAGUUGUUUCUGAGGAAGAUGGAGGCAAGUUGAAAUGUGAGCCGGUCAAUAAAGGGAAGAGGAAGCUUAAGCUGAGCAGCGUCCCAUUCUCUUUGACAUGCAUACUUCACAAAAAUUACAUGCUAGCAGACCUUACAGCGGAGGAAGAGUCCAUAAUGGAAACUCUUGUAACUGUGGUAUUGGAUUCCUCUUUUCAACUAGUGUCUCUCUACAAGCCCGGCGGACUAGUUCUUGCAUACACAUCAGCCAUCCUGUUACAAGACUGUAUUGCAUUAACACAACAAAGUGUGAAGGAACUUCAGAAAGUUUUGAAUGAAGCCAUUUCUGAAAUGGAGGGGGACUAGUUUUACUAUGCAACAAUAAGUAGUAGCUACUUUAUGUUCAAAUCUUUCAUACCCGUUGUCUAAUGUUUUUGAGGUGAGGUAAGUGAUUUUUUUGGAAAAU